UGUUUACCCCAAACUGAUAACGCAGCAGGGCGGGGCAGUGCGCAUGCGCGAUACCUCUUUGUGGCCCUUCUCUUCUAGAUGCUUGCCUGGUCUUCAGGGACCCAUUCCAGCAGCAAAUCCAAGGAUAGGACUGUGAGGCAAAGAUAUAACCACGCAUUUGCUAUUAUUUGUUAGGCUGCACUGUGCAAACCGUACAUCGUCAGAUAGGCACAGAUCGCCCAGUGCGUCGACUUGCCAUCAAGCAGAGCAUCCAUUCAUCCUUUCAUAGGCAGCUGAGGUGUUCCAGUCUAGCUAGCUUAGCGUUAGCCGAGAGGUAGUGGACAGCUGUGUCAGAGGGAUCUUCAAAAUGUCGGGGUACCAAGGAAAGAAGAACAUUCCGCGAAUUACAAGUGACCGUCUCCUCCUCAAAGGAGCAAAGAUAGUGAAUGAUGAUCAGUCAUUCCUGGCUGAUAUCUACAUGGAGGAUGGAGUCAUCAAGCAACUAGGUGACAACCUCAUUGUUCCCGGGGGAGUUAAGAUCAUAGAGGCUCAUGGGAGAAUGGUGAUGCCCGGGGGCAUCGACGUGCACACCCGAUUCCAGAUGCCUGACCGAAGCAUGGUGGCAGCAGAUGACUUCUACCAGGGCACCAAGGCGGCCCUGGCUGGGGGGACGACUAUGAUCCUUGACCACGUGGUGCCGGAGCCUGGCGGCAGCCUGGUUGCAGCUUUUAAACAGUGGAGGGAGUGGGCUGAUGGCAAGUCCUGCUGCGACUAUUCUCUGCAUGUGGACAUCACCGAGUGGAACAAAGGCACUCAAGAAGAGAUGGAGGCCCUAGUGAAGGAUCAUGGUGUCAACUCUUUCCUGGUCUAUUUGGCUUAUAAGGAUGUUUUCCAACUUUCUGACUCUGAGAUCUAUGAGGUGUUCGGUGUAAUCAGAGACCUUGGAGCCAUUGCACAGGUGCAUGCUGAGAACGGAGACAUCAUUGCAGAGGAGCAGAGACGUAUACUAGAGCUGGGGAUCUCUGGCCCUGAAGGCCAUGCACUCAGCCGCCCAGAGGAGGUGGAGGCCGAGGCAGUAAAUCGUUCUGUCACCAUAGCCAAUCAGACCAACUGUCCCCUCUACGUCACCAAGGUGAUGAGCAAGAGUGCUGCUGAUGUCAUUGCUCUUGCCAGGAAAAAGGGUGCCGUGGUUUACGGAGAGCCCAUAUCUGCCAGCUUGGGCACAGAUGGUACCCAUUACUGGAGCAAGAACUGGGCAAAGGCAGCAACCUAUGUCACUUCUCCACCGCUCAGUCCAGAUCCCACCACCCCCGACUAUCUCAACUCUCUGCUGUCAUGCGGGGACUUGCAGGUGACUGGUAGUGCUCACUGCACUUUCCAGACAUCUCAGCGUGCAAUAGGCAAAGAUAACUUCACCCUAAUCCCAGAGGGCACUAACGGCACCGAGGAGAGGAUGUCCCUAAUCUGGGACAAAUGUGUGGUGACUGGCAAGAUGGAUGAGAAUCAGUUUGUGGCGGUGACUAGCACGAACGCGGCCAAGAUCUUCAACCUGUUCCCUCGCAAGGGCCGCAUCGCUGUGGGGUCUGAUGCCGACCUCGUGCUGUGGGACCCGGAUGUCACUAAGAUCAUCUCAGCUAAGAGCCACAACCUGGCUGUGGAAUAUAACAUCUUUGAGGGCACAGAACUGCGCGGAGGACCUGUGGUGGUGAUCAGCCAGGGCAAGAUUGUGUUGGAGGAGGGCAGCCUUCACCCCACGGAGGGCUGCGGUCGCUACAUCAGCCGCAAACCCUUCUCUGACCACGUUUACAAGAAGAUAAAGGCUCGCAGCAGGCUCACAGAGUUGCGAGGGGUCCCCAGGGGCCAGUAUGACGGGCCGGUGUGUGAGGUGACCGUGACCCCCAAGGUGAUGUCCACAGUCUCCUCAGUGAAGACUUCCCCUGCCAAGCAGCAGCAGCACCAACAGCAGCAGCAGCAGGUUACUCACCAGCCAGUGCGCAACCUUCACCAGUCUGGCUUCAGUCUGUCUGGUGCCCAAGUUGAUGACAACAUUCCUCGUCGCAACACUCAACGCAUCGUGGCUCCACCUGGUGGAAAAGCCAACAUCACCAACCUCGGCUAGGCUCUUUCCUAAACUGAGCCAGGGGUUCAGGGCAACACGGGACCAGAGGCCUCUCUUUCCGCUGUCACGUCACAUCUGGUCACCUCUGACUCCCCCUGCACCCCACACACAAGCACUCCAUCCAUUCUUAUUCACACACUACCAUAAUGUCACUUUGUGCAACAAAAAAAAAGAGAAAAGCACUAUUCCACACUGUUUCAUCUUUCCUGCCAUAUUCCAUUGUCAAGGAAGGAUCAAGUGAAUUGAAGCAGCUUUUUGUUUUGGCGUUUUUUUUUAAACCCAGUUUGAUAAUGGAUGAAAUUAAUUUGUUUACAUUUUUGUAUCGUUUUUGCUGUACUUGUUUGAGCUGUUAAGUUGCCCUCUUGGCUCAACAAGUUGACAGAAAAGAAGAGGUUAGUUUCACGAGCAGGUGUUUUAGAAACUGCAGGUGUUCACAAUUGUUCUCAAUGCGCUGUUCACUUAACAGAUGGAGUGGAGUGGAAAGCCUCCAUUGUCCAUUUUGUGACACCGUUGAGCUGUAAGGUUGCUGUUUUAGUACAAAAAUGUUACAUUGUUGCCACAAAAAAAAAAUCUAAAUGCUAAUCAUGAAAGAUUUAGACUGAAGAACAUAGUUUCUGCAUUUCAGCACCUAAUUAUAUGUGAAGUUUGCGUUAUUUGAUAUUUGUGUAGAUACUGUGUGAAACAGAACAAUUCACCUUCGUCCUCCUUUUGAAUUAUAGUUAAUUUAUAAAAAAAAUAAUCGAUAAGUCAUUUUGGAAAGCGUUGACUGCACUGAAAGGAAAAGAAAGGGUAUUUUAUGGUUGAACUACUCAUUCGACUCCGCCCUGAAUAUGGGAGAGAGAAAUGGCUGGCACAUUACAUGUUGUCUGAGUCACGUGAACCUUUUCCCCUCAUCUCAUCAUUUGGGUUUUCCCUCAUAUUUAUUAAAAAGAUUGUCAGGGCAACAAGCUUCCAAUAAUCCGACGGGUGUAUAUUGUUCAGGAUACAGACGGACGCUACAAAGAAGCUAGACGGGAGGUUUGCCGACAACUUCUCUGCACCUAGUGCUAUAUGACCAUUGCUGUAUACGUGCAGAUGAUGUCCACACCCAACACAGCACUCACCAUUCACCCACUUUUGACAAAUAUGUUUUGCACUCGUAACAAUCCAAAUGAUAAAAAAAAUGUAUGUGAGCUUGCAACUUUUUAUUUGUAUUGGAUAUGUCUGUGUGUUUUAGAAUAUGUGUUGGAAUCAAACUACUUGCCUGCCUGUUCUGUAAGAUAUUGACAGCACACUGUAUCUAUGAAGGCUCUUUAAAGAAGUGGAACCAUGAUCUUUGAGACCUGAUGAAAAAUGCUUCGGUAUGUAUAUGAAAUCCCCCCCCACAGUGCGUUGAUGAUGUGUCCCCUGUUCUCGGUGUUAGUGUCGUGAAUGAAUUAUCAGAUAUCCAGUUUCUCCUUUCUUACCACCUCUAAAUGCCCAACACUGUCGGCACCUGAUCCACUCGAGGUUGUAACUGUACUCACUAAACCACAGCGGGUCGUCAGUUUCACGGCACUGUGCGGCCAUACUGUAAAACACUGGAUUAUUUCUUCCUCAUUGCCUUGUCAAGUGUAGGUUUUGUAUGCCAAGCUAUAAUGUGAAGUGAUUUACAUUUGGGGAAGCGUCUUGGUGAUGGUUAUUGAGUUGUGAUGUUGAGCACUGUUGUUGCCCCUCUCCCAGCAAGUGUGAUACUCUCUUGGUCAUGUAUGUUUUGUAGGAUCUACCAGGGUUUUGGGGGGGGAAAUCAUCGGUCUUGUCAGCAUUUGACCCUAUCUGUGUUGACUUCAGUGGAUUAAAAUAAUAAAAAUGAAA